GGUCCUUCCUUAUUAUCAUGUGAUGGGGCGGGGUUAGAGUAGGAAGGUGGGUCGGUAAGUCGGUGGGCGAAGCCGGAAGAGGAAACCCAGCAAAUUCCCGGCAGGCGAAAUGAGUGGCUUGGGGAAGCUUUUCGGAAAGGGUAAGAAGGCCAAGGCGCCUACCCCACAGGAGGCCAUCCAGAAACUGCGGGAGACCGAGGAGGUGCUUGUCAAGAAACAAGAAUUUCUGGAGGAAAAGAUCCAGCAGGAAUUGCAGGCGGCUAAGAAACAUGGGACCAAGAACAAGAGAGCGGCUUUGCAAGCCCUCAAGCGGAAGAAGCGCUAUGAGCAGCAGCUGGGACAAAUCGACGGCACGCUUUCCACCAUCGAAUUCCAGCGGGAGGCGCUUGAGAAUGCCACCACUAACACCGAAGUGCUCAAGACCAUGUCAGACGCAGCUCGUGCCAUGAAAGAGGCUCAUCAGCACAUGGAUAUCGACAAGGUGGACGACCUGAUGUCUGAGAUCACAGAGCAGCAGGAUAUCGCCCAACAGAUAUCCGAUGCGAUCUCCAAGCCCGUAGGCUUUGGUGACGACGUUGACGAGGACGAGCUGCUGGCUGAGCUGGAGGGGAUGGAGCAAGAAGACCUUGACCAAGAGCUGCUGAAUGUUGGGGAGCCAUCCCCAGAACUCCCUGCGGUCCCUGCUGCUCGCCUACCCAGUGUCCCAGCCUCAAAAGUGCCAGCCGCCGCCGCUGUGGACGAUGACGACGAAGACAUGAAGCAGCUUGCUGCCUGGGUGUCGUGAUGCAUUGUGGGAAGUCGCCCUCUUUUCUCCCUUUCCCCUGGGGAGUCGGGGAGACGAUCUCCCCUGCACCCCGCUCCGGAUUCUGAGAGUGGGCAGCUGAGCAGACACUUCGCCUGAAAUAACCUUACGUGCCGAAUGUAAAGAGUUUUAUAGCCAGAUUUAUAUAUAAAACAGAUUGUAUUAUGUUGGGGAUGGGGUUUGGGUUGGGCUUUACUGGGGACGGAGGGGCGGGGUGUCCCCGAAAUAAGGGCCAGACCUUACUAUCUUGGCAUCAUCUCCCCACGUCCAGCAAAGCUGAGGUUAAACCUUUUUUCCGUGCAUGUGAAAUAUGGUAGUGGGGUGCUGUGGGAGACCCCCACCAAUGAGGCUUGGAGAGCUCUUGGAGUUGCAUUGCACCCCACACCUGCUGGGUGGGUUGGGGGGGUGCCAGAAGAUGGGGGUGCAAAGUCCUUCUCCUAUACUCCUUUGUAGUGGUGGGGGGGCGGGAAGAGUCCCCUUCUGUCUCCUGGCUCGUGUGUGUGUGUCUCUCUCUUCCUCUCCAGUUGUAUUGACUAUGGGGUUAUUUUCUGCCUCCACCGGGCAGGGGAGGGGGUGGAAUUGUGCCAAGGGGGUGGAUGCAAUCCCUUCCACAGCUGCUUGGGCACUGGGCAAUAGGUACUGUCUCUCUCUGUUCUAUUGGCAGCAUGUCUGUGGCUUGGAGUGACGUUUACAUGUUCUCUCUCUCUCUUUUUACACUUGAUUGUGCUAAUCUGCUAAUUUUUAAAGCUUUCUCUCUCAUUUUGUAUCUACUUGAAAGUGGGAGGGGGAAGAGGCGGAAUCCCUCCCCCUCCCCCUCACAGUGGCCUUGAAUUCCACUCUGCGCCCCAGUGAAUAAAAGUUGGCCUGAAAGGU